AUGGAGCGAGCGCGUGAUGCCGUUGCUGCUAUGCGUGAAAAACUGGGUUUUUUGGGAGGCUUCCGUGAGUCGGUCUUGAGGCCAGUAUGUGCCACUAUUGUGUGUGUCGCGGUGGUGGUCGGACAUCUAUCCAAAGUCGGAAUCCGAGCCUCGAUGCUAUUUUGUGAUGCAUCGGUGGAAAAAUCACAGGAUAUACCGUAUAGAGGAAUAGACGAAUCCGCUUUCAAAGACUUUUUCGAUCUGUUUUCGCUUUCAGUAUUUGACGCCGAUGGAGAAAUUUUAUUGAUUCAAGCAGCCGAAGAGCUUCCACAGUGGCUAGAAGACCACGAAGCCAAGAAUCGAGUUUUUAUCUACCAAGGAGAAGUGCAUAUCGUACCGAUUCCGUCGACGCCAUCCGAAAUUACUCCGUUGUCAUCUGCGUGUGAUCCAACUUUGGUAGACGCACUUUCUACCGUGAGAAAUUUUCCGUCUGCUACGAGGGCAUCAGCAAAAGUCCAGGAAGUAAUUUCGGAGCGACUCCGACAGUUUCCGGACAAAAUGGAUGACCAGCUUCACCGAGCAAAUGUUUUAGUUCCAGCCGGGGUUGCGAUGGUAUUGGAAGCAGAGCCAUCAUUAUUGGCGCCAGCUGUGCAUGCUUUUUGUCAGCGGGACAUGAUAGAUAUGCGUGCAUGCCAGGCAAUGAAAUUUUUUCCUCCGGAGCAAUGUGUGCGUACUCGCGUGACUUUCACGAAAUGCUUGUAUGCCUUGUUGAACAAAGCUCGGUGUGAUCCAGAUCCCAGGACUGGUUGGAAACUACCAGCUGUUGGUACUGAAGAGAGAAAAGAGGCCGAGCUUGGAGUGAAAUUGGGAGAAAUUGAAGGAUCGAAAGAAUAUUCCCGAUUGAAAGCCGAAGCGGUCGAUUAUUUCGUAACGUACGUUCAAGGCGGGGGACCGAAUUUGGGCCGAAGAACAGCCGCGGGAAAAGAAAUACACAAGCGUUUAUCGAAAGCUGACAUCAAUGUUGACAGGCUGCGAGAAAGAGGGGAAAAUUUGCCGGAAUCGGAAGAUGAUUCCUGGCUGGAUGUCAACACGGAUCAAUUAGAUGCUAUGCUGAAGCGUCAUUUCAACGCAGAAGAACCAAAUGCAGCCGGUGAAUCUAUUCCUGACAGCCUGAAGCUGUUUUUGUCGCAAAUGUCUUCGUAUGAAGGGGUUGAAAAUGCUGGCAGAAAACGUUCGACGGUUGGAAAAAAUCGGAAGCUUUCAAGAAUCUCAGACCGAAAAAAAUCUGCUGCUGACGGCCGCAAAAUAUCGUCCAUAUCAGCCGUAUCCAAUUUAUCUGAAGCGAUCACUUUUGACGGGGAGCAAUUUUCUGCGGGAUUGCGAGACAUUCUAGAUUUGGAAGCUGAAGACGAAGGAGAUUUCGAUUCGGAUUGGUCUGAAGAUUACAGUUCCGAAGACGAAUUCGAAGACGUGAUGGACAAUGCAUUCCUUCAUCCUGGGAAAAAUCGAAAAAUUAGCGAGGAACAGCGAGAAAUCAUGCGCAUCAUGGCAGCGAUGGAUAAUGAGUUGAUGACACCUGGCAAUUCCGUCAUGGCUGACAGCUUCGUCAAGAAAGUGACAGUCGCUGACAAGUAUACUGUUUAUUCCGCUGAGAAUAAAAUUCGUGAGCCAGUGGACGUGGAAGGAAACGCGAUGAAAAAUAUUUUGGAGUCGUUCGAAAACCAGCUCGGUCUGACUGGACCAGCGACAACUCUGAUUGCAUCCAUGAAUCAAUUGAAAGAUUCUUGAACGACAUAAUUUUCAUCAUUCCUGAUGCUGCCUGCAGUAUUUACGAAUGCGACAAAGCGAUUUUUUUUUCAAUUUUUCACUGCAAGGUUUUGAAUUAUGCAACUGAUCGAAAAGGGUUCAAUUGCUGGAACCUUUUGCGCAGAAAAUCUUUUUCUUCGGUUUAGCCUUUCUGCGAAUACGUUGGGAGUUCUGUUGGUAUCAUUUUGCUGCUCGUUCUCAGUUGAUUUGGAAACCGCGACAAUACAUGCGUUUUUUCGGCCCAUUUUUA